AUGUCGGAAGAGACGCAGAGCCUGACGGGAGCAGUUGGCUUGGCGACAAAAACAGGCGGAUGGAUAAAGAAGGAAGAAGUGAAGAAGGCGGUUUCCAGCUAUGAGAACUACCACGAAAGCUUCGGAGGGAGCGACAGCGCGCGCAAGUCCAACUAUACGGACAUGGUGAACAAGUACUACGAUCUGGUAACCAGCUUCUACGAGUACGGCUGGGGCGAAUCGUUCCACUUCGCUCACCGUAUGAGGGGCGAGACGCUACGGGAGAGCAUCAAGCGCCACGAGCACUUCCUGGCACUCCGGCUAGGACUGGGCCCUGGCAUGAAGGUGCUGGAUGUGGGGUGCGGCAUCGGUGGGCCGUUGAGAGAAAUCGCAUUAUUCAGUGGAGCCACAGUGACGGGCCUCAACAACAACGAGUACCAGAUCUCCCGUGGCAAGGUGUUGAACAGGCGGCACCGCGCACUGGAGGCGUGCGGGUUCAUAAAGGCGGACUUCAUGAGCAUCCCCGUGCCCGAUGCCUCCUUUGACGCAGUCUACGCCAUCGAAGCCACCUGCCACGCGCCUGAUGCUGUGGGGUGCUACAGCGAGGUGAAGCGAGUCCUGAAGCCGGGCCAGUGCUUUGCGGCGUAUGAGUGGUGCCUCACAGACGCCUACGACCCCAACAACCCCCAGCACCAAGAGGUCAAGAGGGAGGUGGAGCUGGGCAACGGGUUGCCAGACAUCCGCACCACGGCACAGGUCCGCCAGGCGCUGCUGGACACCGGCUUUGAGCUACUGGAGGCAGCGGAUCUGACGGAGACGGCGGAGGUGGCGUGGCACAUGCCGCUGGACCCCAGCUACUUCUCGCUCUCACAGUUCAAGCUCACCCGCGUCGGCCGCUUCCUCACCACUACCCUCGUGCAAGUGCUGGAGAGGCUGCGGAUUGCGCCAGCUGGCAGCUACCGCGUGCAGAAGUUUCUUGAGAGAGGGGCCGACGCACUCGUGGAGGGCGGCAAUUCCUCUUCUCUUCCCCCAUCUUCUCCUACCUCCUCAUUUUUGCCAUCACCCCCUUCCUCUCUCCUCUCCCCCACUCUGGCGAUCAUUCAUCAUUUUCCCAAGCCCUAUCUGUGUGCCUUGCUGCUCGAAUGCCUUGUGUGCAGGAGGGAGAUUUUCACACCCAUGUAUUUCUUCCUUGCUCGCAAGCCUCUGUAA